AUGCGUCUCAUAAAAGAUGAAGGGCAUAGAAACUUGAGUCUGGUGGAGCAAUACGAUGAAAACAUCCCUCACUAUGCUAUACUUUCGCACACUUGGGGAGCGGAUGGCGAGGAGGUCACUUUUAAGGACUUAAUGAAAGGUACUGGCAAGAACAAGGCUGGCUACAAGAAGAUUGAAUUUUGCAGAAAUCAAGCUGCCCGCGACGGUCUACAGUUCUUCUGGGUUGACACCUGCUGCAUUGACAAAUCAAGCAGCGCCGAACUCAGUGAGGCCAUCAACUCGAUGUUUCGCUGGUAUAAAAAUGCGGACAAAUGCUACGUGUAUCUAUCUGACGUCUCGACAUCUGGCCACGCUACUAAUGUGCCGUCAUCACCGGCCACAUGGGAAGCGACUUUCCAGAAAAGCAGAUGGUUUAGUCGAGGCUGGACACUGCAAGAGCUGAUUGCUCCAGCAUCGGUCGAAUUUUUUUCAUCAGAAGGCGACCGGUUAGGCAGCAAGAGAUCAUUGGAACAGUAUAUCCACGAAAUAACAGGGAUCGCCAUCCAAGCUCUGCGUGGAGGACCUCUUACUGGAUUUAAGGUUGAGGAGCGAUUUUCUUGGGCGAAGCAUCGUGAAACGAAGCGUCAAGAAGAUAAGGCAUACUCUCUAUUUGCUCCUGUUGAACAGCUCAAGACUCCGCCAUCGUCAACGGUGCCUUUCCGUCGCGACGUCGAUUUUGUCGACCAGCGGCGGCGUCAAGAGUCGCACUCGUGGGGAUUGGUGGGGCGGGUAAGUCUCAGCUCGCCAUCGAAUACUGCUACCGCUUCCGUGAAUGGUCCCCCAAGAUGGAUGUUCUGGAUCCACGCGAGCAAUGCAGAUCGAAUCGAGCAAGGAUACCGUGAGAUAGCGGAGCGGGUGAAGAUUCCCCGCCGCAAAGAUCCGAAAGAAAACAUAUUUGAGUUGGUAGCAAGAUGGCUCCAGGACGAGUCAAACGGAACGUGGAUGUUAGUACUGGACAAUUUAGACGAUGACGCUGUCAUCUCAAUUCCUCAAGCGGCCACAUCGAAGGCACAGGCCGGUGACAGAGAGGAUCGGCUCAGGCGACCGUUGUCCGCAUAUCUUCCACAAAGCCAGAACGGGGCAAUUCUGAUCACGACACGGACGAGAAGCGUGGCGACGAAGCUUGUCGAGUCACGGGACGUGAUCGUGGUCGAUCCGAUGACCGACAUGGACGCGAUAACGCUCCUGAAGAAGAAGUUAGACGUGCCCGCCAACGAUGAAGAUCUACGAGAGCUGACGUACACACUGGAAUAUAUACCGCUGGCAAUCGUGCAGGCGGCGGCGUACAUCCAGCAAAAAGGAGCGAGCUGCAGCGUACGGCAGUACAUCGAAGCAUUUCAACGGAACGAGAAACAGAAGACGAGUCUCCUAAACUACGAGGCGGGCCAUCUUCGGCGAGACGCGGAAGCGAAGAACUCUAUUAUCAUUACAUGGCAGAUAUCGUUUGAUGAUAUCCGGGAGAAGUGGCCAUCGUCAGCCGACCUACUCUCGUUGAUGAGCUAUUUCGACCGGCAAGGAAUCCCCAAGGAAGUAUUAAGGGUCCCAUCACAAGAAGAAGCGAUCCGGGAUUCGAUAAAGCAGAAAAAAGACGAUGUUAGAGACGACGAGAAGGACAAGGAUGAGGACAUUGAAGAUAGUAGUACAUCUGAGGCAAGUGAUGAUGACAUGUUUGAAGAGGCUGUGGACCGAUUACGAAGCUACUCUUUUGUGUCUCUCGGAAAGGAUAAGACGUUCGAAAUGCAUGGACUGGUACAGCUAGCGACGCGAAAGUGGCUCGCAAUGCACAGAGAGGACGAGAAAUGGAAGGCACAGUUUAAUAGGAAGCUGAACGCGGCGCUUCCGAACGGCAAUCACGAGAACUGGGCUAGUUGCGAGAUGCUUUUCCCACACGCAAAAAGUCGGCCGAGAGGCAGCGACCGAUGGAUGACAAGUCAGUACGAGAAUGGGCGCAGAUAUUACGGAAGGCGGGAUGGGAAAGUACUUGGUCGAGAGAAUGUAGAGACAUCAUAUAGCUUAGGGAUGCUGGCUUUAACAUACACGGGCCAAGGACGAUGGAAGGAGGCUGAAGAGCUAGUGGUGCAAGUGAUGGAGACGAGAAAGAGGGUGCUGGGACAGGAGCAUCCAGACACGCUGACCAUCAUGGCCAACCUGGCGUUGACAUACAGUAAUCAAGGACGAUGGAAGGAGGCUGAAGAACUGGAGAUGCAAGUGAUGGAGACGAGAAAGAGGGUGCUGGGACAGGAGCAUCCAGACACGCUAAACAUUAUGAACAAUCUCGCAUUGACUAUGAAGGAGCAAGGCAGAAAAGGGGAGGCCAUCAAACUCAUGACGGAGUGUGUCCAACUACAAAACCGGGUCCUACCUACUAAGCAUCCUAACGCUCUUUCUUCUGGUGCGACCUUGGCUAAGUGGCAAAGUGUCGAGUCAUAG